UAACUUAAGUGGACUUUAGGGGAGGGAACAGUCAGACAAGGGAAGCGAGUGAACGAAACACUCUUGUUUUCGUGGACUUCUAUUUAGAGACCUCGGUGAUGUUGAACCUAAAGAGAAAUAAAAAAAAUGAAGUCACAAAAAAUUGGUCACUGGAUUACAUGCUGUCUGGACCGUGGAAUGUUUGAAUGAAAAAUCCACUGUUUUCUACACGCCAUUACAUAGGCUAUAUGACGUAGCAGGUUCUGAGAAGAACAACAAACGGACAAGCGUUUCCUUCUCAGUUAUAUAAACGUUUGCCCUCUGAACAAGAAACUGUAAUAAUCCCGGAAGAGUGAAAAAAGAUGUGUGACAUAAACAGAAGUGUCUCUGAAUUGGCAGACGUUAUCAGGUCUGAGACCCAUUUGUACCCUCCACAGGGUGGAGCAUCAUCACCCCCUGUCAGUACACACUCAGAUGGUGAUGGAAUGGAAUGUGCCUCCUCCUGCAACAGUAAGGAGGCACAGACGCAUAUUCUGGGUGUGCGACCACUCCCCGCAGCCUUGAGCGCGACCACACGCAGAUCAAGAUUUCAGAGACAGCAGGAGAUAUGUGAACCAGGCAGUAGCAUCUCGCAGACUUUAGCAGUGGACACAUAUGACAAGGGAAGUCUCACGCCUGCCAUGCGUAAAAAGUACCUGAAAGAACUGGUUCUGAAUAAUGGUUUGAAUAGUGGUUAUGGAAGUAUUCUGCUGCCUUCAAAAACUUCGGGAGGCUACGGGGAGAAUGAUCCAUCCUAUUCUGAAGAAGGUAACAAUUACAGUUCAUACUGGGCUCUUGAUCCUAUGGAGCACGCAUGGAUGUUGUCUGUUGUUGAUGGAAACUAUGAGACAAUAUCGGCUUACCUCUCUUCGGAUCUGAGUCUUCUGACUAGAAAAGACUUUGUCAGCGGUUUCACGGCUCUCCACUGGUUAGCGAAGUAUGGGAAGCAUGAAACACUUAUUCAACUGUUGAAGUAUGCUGAAAAAGAGCACUGUCAUGUAGACGUCAAUUUGAAAGGUAGCGGUGGUCUGACAGCCCUUCACGUGGCUGCUAUGCACAGUCAGUUCAUGGUGGUGAAACUUUUAGUCGGUGCUUUCGGUGCCAAAAUUGAUAUCAUGGACUACAAUGGAAGGCGAGCGUGGCAAUAUCUUAAGUGCAACGCCCCGAUGGAGAUGAAGGAACUGCUAGGAGCCUGGGAUGACGAGCAUGUAAGCGUUGGACAGCAGAACGUCAACAACAACAGCUCAGGAGCAGACGUAAUAAAUUGUAACACUUGUGAGGACGAGGAACCCAAGAAUGCUUUUGACAGGAGAAAUGACAGCUGGCGGGUUAGAUCCUUCAAAAAGUUUUUUUCUCCGUUUUUGUCUUUUGUUAAUAAAAACUAGUGUUCGCUUAUUCAUCUCCUGACAACAAAAAAUAAGGUUGAGAUUGUGGAAAUGCUGUUGUGACUGUAAAAUUCCGAAUCUUUAUCAUUUUGUAAUAUUAAACCUAGAGGUAAAAUCAA